GUGAAGUGUGAUAUAACGACGCCAGUGAAACAUUUGUUUUUUAACAUCUAUGCGCAGUUGAUAUGCAAAUAUUUAUAUUUCUCCUCUUGCUCGGCUAUGGCUGGGCGAGCUUCCUACCCAAUGGGUGUCCAGCCGAUUUCAGUGUCCACCUCCUACUCCCCCAUGAAACCGACUGCACCAAGUUCUACCAGUGCAGCAAUGGCAAUAAAAUUACCAUGCAAUGCGGAAGAGGAACUGCCUUCGAUGUAGAAUUACAGACAUGUAAUUGGGCUGAUGCAGUUGGUUGCAAUCAACCAACCUCAUCAACAACAACGACGACAACGACGACAACGACAAAAACGCCAACGACAACAACAAGGGCGCCGUCGACAACGACAAGUGCGCCGUCGACAACGACAAGGGCGCCGUCGACAACGACAAGGGCGCCAUCAACGACGACAGGGGCGCCAACUCCGACAACUACAGCGCCCCCGGGUCGACCCGACGAAUGUCCAUCAGACUUCGACGUGAUUCUAAAACUCCCGCACGAAAUUGACUGCGAUAAAUAUUAUAAUUGCAGCGAUGGAGUUAAAAUACUGCUUAAAUGUCCGAUCGGCAAACAUUUCGAUAUGAAAUUGCAGGAUUGUGACUGGGCACAGAAUGUGAACUGUGUAGGUGGUGGAGAAGAAGGGGACGAGGGUGAUGCGCUUUUACCGAACGGCUGCCCAGUUGACUUCCAUAUUCACAAAUUACUACCACAUGAAUCAGAUUGCACGAAGUUUUACUACUGCAACUUUGGAAACAAAAUUGAGAGGAAUUGUCCUGGUGGCACACAUUUUAACCCUAAGCUGCAGAUAUGUGAUUGGCCAGAAUCUGCUGGUUGUGUUAGUGAAGGAGGAGACGGUGGUGGAGAUUGGCUACCAAACGGCUGCCCCUCGGAUUUCAGUAUUCAUUGGUUAUUACCUCACGAAACGGACUGCGCUAAGUUUUACUAUUGUAAUUUUGGAGAAAAAGUUGUAAGGAAUUGUGCUCCUGGAACACACUUUGAUCCUAAGCUGCAAGUUUGCAAUUGGCCAAAUGCUGUUAAUUGCACUUCAAUAGAAACAACAACAAGGCCGGGUACAACAGAUCCAUCGGCUGGAACGACAACAGAGUACAUUCCAACGACUACUAGAGAAACUACAGAGCCCUCAGUAGAAACGACUACAGAGUACAUUCCAACGACUACAAGAGAAACUACAGAGCCCUCAGUAGAAACGACCACAGAGUACAUUCCAACAACUACUAGAGAAACUACAGAGCCCUCAGUAGAAACGACCACAGAGUACAUUCCAACGACUACUAGAGAAACUACAGAGCCCUCAGUAGAAACGACCACAAAAUACAUUCCAACGACUAUUAGGGAAACUACAGAACCGUCAGUAGAAACGACUACAGAGUAUAUUCCAACAACUACUAGAGAAAUUACAGAGCCCUCAGUAGAAACGACCACAGAGUACAUUCCAACGACUACAAGAGAAACUACAGAGCCCUCAGUAGAAACGACCACAGAGUACAUUCCAACGACUACAAGAGAAACUACAGAGCCCUCAGUAGAAACGACCACAGAGUACAUUCCAACGACUACUAAAGAAACUACAGAGCCCUCAGUAGAAACAACUACAGAGUACAUUCCAACAACUACUAGAGAAACUACAGAGCCCUCAGUAGAAACGACCACAGAGUACAUUCCAACGACUACUAGAGAAACUACAGAGCCCUCAGUAGAAACGACCACAGAGUACAUUCCAACGACUACUAGAGAAACUACAGAGCCCUCAGUAGAAACGACCACAGAGUACAUUCCAACGACUACUAGAGAAACUACAGAGCCCUCAGUAGAAACGACCACAGAGUACAAUCCAACGACUACUAGAGAAACUACAGAGCCCUCAGUAGAAACGACUACAGAGUACAUUCCAACAACUACUAGAGAAACUACAGAGUCCUCAGUAGAAACGACCACAAAAUACAUUCCAACGACUACUAGGGAAACUACAGAACCCUCAGUAGAAACGACUACAGAGUAUAUUCCAACAACUACUAGAGAAAUUACAGAGCCCUCAGUAGAAACGACCACAGAGUACAUUCCAACGACUACUAGAGAAACUACAGAGCCCUCAGUAGAAACGACUACAGAGUACAUUCCAACAACUACUAGAGAAACUACAGAGUCCUCAGUAGAAACGACCACAAAAUACAUUCCAACGACUACUAGGGAAACUACAGAACCCUCAGUAGAAACGACUACAGAGUAUAUUCCAACAACUACUAGAGAAAUUACAGAGCCCUCAGUAGAAACGACCACAGAGUACAUUCCAACGACUACUAAAGAAACAACUACAGAGUACAUUCCAACAACUACUAGAGAAACUACAGAGCCCUCAGUAGAAACGACUACAGAGUACAUUCCAACGACUACUAGGGAAACUACAGAGCCAUCUGUAGAAACGACCACAGAGUACAUUCCAAUAACUACUAGAGAAACUACAGAGCCCUCAGUUGAAACGACCACAGAGUACAUUCCAACGACUACUAGAGAAACUACAGAGCCCUCAGUAGAAACGACAACAGAGUACAUUCCAACGACUACUUGGGAAACUACAGAACCCUCAGUAGAAACGACCACAAAAUACAUUCCAACGACUAUUAGGGAAACUACAGAACCGUCAGUAGAAACGACUACAGAGUAUAUUCCAACAACUACUAGAGAAAUUACAGAGCCCUCAGUAGAAACGACCACAGAGUACAUUCCAACGACUACAAGAGAAACUACAGAGCCCUCAGUAGAAACGACCACAGAGUACAUUCCAACGACUACUAGAGAAACUACAGAGCCCUCAGUAGAAACGACCACAGAGUACAUUCCAACAACUACUAGAGAAACUACAGAGCCCUCAGUAGAAACGACCACAGAGUACAUUCCAACGACUACUAGAGAAACUACAGAGCCCUCAGUAGAAACGACCACAGAGUACAUUCCAACAACUACUAGAGAAACUACAGAGCCCUCAGUAGAAACGACCACAAAAUACAUUCCAACGACUAUUAGGGAAACUACAGAACCGUCAGUAGAAACGACCACAGAGUACAUUCCAACAACUACUAGAGAAACUACAGAGCCAUCAGUAGAAACGACCACAGAGUACAUUCCAACGACUACUAGAGAAACUACAGAGCCCUCAGUAGAAACGACCACAGAGUACAUUCCAACAACUACUAGAGAAACUACAGAGCCAUCUUUAGAAACGACUACAGAGUACAUUCCAACGACUACUAGAGAAACUACAGAGCCUUCAGUAGAAACGACUACAGAGUACAUUCCAACGACUAUUAGAGAAAUUACAGAACCAACUACAGAAACAACAACAGAAUACAUUCCAACGUCCCCUCAAGAAACUACAAAGGCUCCUGUGGAAACUACGACGGAAGAUGUGGCGACUACAACGGAAACCGUUGAAACAACUACACCGAUUGUUAUAGAAUGUCCACCUGGAAAUCUUGGUUUUGUGCCCCAUCCUGAUUAUUGUGACGCAUAUUACAUCUGUGUUAUGGGCAAUCCGACACUGAUGUGGUGUAGUAAGGGAUAUGAAUUCGAUCCAGAGAGAAACUUUUGCGUUGAAAUAUCAGAAAAUGGUUGUUUCGCCUCGCAAGGUAAAUGGACUCCAACAGUACCGGACCAGUCAACAACAGAAACGACAGUUACGACAGAUAACUAUGGUAGUACAACGGAAUCCGAUGAAACUACUCCUAGAGAAACGACGGCACUACCUGAAGAGACAACGACAGAGUAUAUUCGAACAACCCCAUCAGAGACAACAACAACAGUUCAAGAAACUACAACCGAAAAAGAAACUGCAGCGCCUCCUGUUGAAACGACAACAACACGUGAAAUUACUGAACCCACAGUAGAAACUACAACUAAUCAAAUAACAACAGAAUCUGAAUCUGACCCAACGACAAUUGCUAUAGAAACGACAACAAAUAAUUUGGCACCUACAACCGAGUCAGAUACGGAUAAAACAACAAUUGCUGUUGAUCCUACAACAGAAAAUUUAUCAACUACCACAGAAUCCAUUGACACAACUACACCGAUUAAUAUAGAAUGUCCACCUGGCGAUAUUGGCUUUGUGCCCCAUCCUGAUUAUUGUGACGCAUAUUACAUCUGUGUUAUGGGCAAUCCGACACUAAUUUGGUGUAGCGAGGGAUAUGAAUUCGAUCCAGAGAGAAACGCUUGCGUUGAAAUAUCAGAAAAUGGUUGUUUCGCCUCGCAAGGUAAAUGGACUCCAACAGUACCGGACCAGUCAACAACAGAAACGACAGUUACGACAGAUGACUAUGGUAGUACAACGGAAUCCGAUGAAACUACUCCUAGAGAAACGACGGCACUACCCGAAGAGACAACGACAGAAUAUAUUCGAACAACACCAUCAGAGACAACAACAACAGUUCAAGAAACUACUACCGAACAAGAAACUACAGCGCCUCCUGUUGAAACGACUACAACACGUGAAAUUACUGAACCCACAGUAGAAACUACAACUAAUCAAAUAACAACAGAAUCUGACUCUGACCCAACGACAAUUGCUAUAGAAACGACAACAAAUAAUUUGGCACCUACAACCGAGUCAGAUACGGAUAAAACAACAAUUGCUGUUGAUCCUACAACAGAAAAUUUAGCAACUACAACAGAAUCCAUUGACACAACUACACCGAUUAAUAUAGAAUGUCCACCUGGCGAUAUUGGCUUUGUGCCCCAUCCUGAUUAUUGUGACGCAUAUUACAUCUGUGUUAUGGGCAAUCCGACACUAAUUUGGUGUAGUGAGGGAUAUGAAUUCGAUCCAGAGAGAAACGCUUGCGUUGAAAUAUCAGAAAAUGGUUGUUUCGCCUCGCAAGGUAAAUGGACUCCAACAGUACCGGACCAGUCAACAACAGAAACGACAGUUACGACAGAUGACUAUGGUAGUACAACGGAAUCCGAUGAAACUACUCCUAGAGAAACGACGGCACUACCUGAAGAGACAACGACAGAAUAUAUUCGAACAACACCAUCAGAGACAACAACAACAGUUCAAGAAACUACUACCGAACAAGAAACUACAGCGCCUCCUGUUGAAACGACUACAACACGUGAAAUUACUGAACCCACAGUAGAAACUACAACUAAUCAAAUAACAACAGAAUCUGACUCUGACCCAACGACAAUUGCUAUAGAAACGACAACAAAUAAUUUGGCACCUACAACAGAGUCAGAUACGGAUAAAACAACAAUUGCUGUUGAUCCUACAACAGAAAAUUUAUCAACUACCACAGAAUCCAUUGACACAACUACACCGAUUAAUAUAGAAUGUCCACCUGGCGAUAUUGGCUUUGUGCCCCAUCCUGAUUAUUGUGACGCAUAUUACAUCUGUGUUAUGGGCAAUCCGACACUAAUUUGGUGUAGCGAGGGAUAUGAAUUCGAUCCAGAGAGAAACGCUUGCGUUGAAAUAUCAGAAAAUGGUUGUUUCGCUUCGCAAGGUAAAUGGACUCCAACAGUACCGGACCAGUCAACAACAGAAACGACAGUUACGACAGAUGACUAUGGUAGUACAACGGAAUCCGAUGAAACUACUCCUAGAGAAACGACGGCACUACCCGAAGAGACAACGACAGAAUAUAUUCGAACAACACCAUCAGAGACAACAACAACAGUUCAAGAAACUACUACCGAACAAGAAACUACAGCGCCUCCUGUUGAAACGACUACAACACGUGAAAUUACUGAACCCACAGUAGCAACUACAACUAAUCAAAUAACAACAGAAUCUGACUCUGACCCAACGACAAUUGCUAUAGAAACGACAACAAAUAAUUUGGCACCUACAACAGAGUCAGAUACGGAUAAAACAACAAUUGCUGUUGAUCCUACAACACAAAAUUUAUCAACUACCACAGAAUCCAUUGACACAACUACACCGAUUAAUAUAGAAUGUCCACCUGGCGAUAUUGGCUUUGUGCCCCAUCCUGAUUAUUGUGACGCAUAUUACAUCUGUGUUAUGGGCAAUCCGACACUAAUUUGGUGUAGUGAGGGAUAUGAAUUCGAUCCAGAGAGAAACGCUUGCGUUGAAAUAUCAGAAAAUGGUUGUUUCGCCUCGCAAGGUAAAUGGACUCCAACAGUACCGGACCAGUCAACAACAGAAACGACAGUUACGACAGAUGACUAUGGUAGUACAACGGAAUCCGAUGAAACUACUCCUAGAGAAACGACGGCACUACCCGAAGAGACAACGACAGAAUAUAUUCGAACAACACCAUCAGAGACAACAACAACAGUUCAAGAAACUACUACCGAACAAGAAACUACAGCGCCUCCUGUUGAAACGACUACAACACGUGAAAUUACUGAACCCACAGUAGAAACUACAACUAAUCAAAUAACAACAGAAUCUGACUCUGACCCAACGACAAUUGCUAUAGAAACGACAACAAAUAAUUUGGCACCUACAACAGAGUCAGAUACGGAUAAAACAACAAUUGCUGUUGAUCCUACAACAGAAAAUUUAUCAACUACCACAGAAUCCAUUGACACAACUACACCGAUUAAUAUAGAAUGUCCACCUGGCGAUAUUGGCUUUGUGCCCCAUCCUGAUUAUUGUGACGCAUAUUACAUCUGUGUUAUGGGCAAUCCGACACUAAUUUGGUGUAGUGAGGGAUAUGAAUUCGAUCCAGAGAGAAACGCUUGCGUUGAAAUAUCAGAAAAUGGUUGUUUCGCUUCGCAAGGUAAAUGGACUCCAACAGUACCGGACCAGUCAACAACAGAAACGACAGUUACGACAGAUGACUAUGGUAGUACAACGGAAUCCGAUGAAACUACUCCUAGAGAAACGACGGCACUACCCGAAGAGACAACGACAGAAUAUAUUCGAACAACACCAUCAGAGACAACAACAACAGUUCAAGAAACUACUACCGAACAAGAAACUACAGCGCCUCCUGUUGAAACGACUACAACACGUGAAAUUACUGAACCCACAGUAGAAACUACAACUAAUCAAAUAACAACAGAAUCUGAAUCUGACCCAACGACAAUUGCUAUAGAAACGACAACAAAUAAUUUGGCACCUACAACAGAGUCAGAUACGGAUAAAACAACAAUUGCUGUUGAUCCUACAACACAAAAUUUAUCAACUACCACAGAAUCCAUUGACACAACUACACCGAUUAAUAUAGAAUGUCCACCUGGCGAUAUUGGCUUUGUGCCCCAUCCUGAUUAUUGUGACGCAUAUUACAUCUGUGUUAUGGGCAAUCCGACACUAAUUUGGUGUAGUGAGGGAUAUGAAUUCGAUCCAGAGAGAAACGCUUGCGUUGAAAUAUCAGAAAAUGGUUGUUUCGCCUCGCAAGGUAAAUGGACUCCAACAGUACCGGACCAGUCAACAACAGAAACGACAGUUACGACAGAUGACUAUGGUAGUACAACGGAAUCCGAUGAAACUACUCCUAGAGAAACGACGGCACUACCUGAAGAGACAACGACAGAAUAUAUUCGAACAACACCAUCAGAGACAACAACAACAGUUCAAGAAACUACUACCGAACAAGAAACUACAGCGCCUCCUGUUGAAACGACUACAACACGUGAAAUUACUGAACCCACAGUAGAAACUACAACUAAUCAAAUAACAACAGAAUCUGACUCUGACCCAACGACAAUUGCUAUAGAAACGACAACAAAUAAUUUGGCACCUACAACAGAGUCAGAUACGGAUAAAACAACAAUUGCUGUUGAUCCUACAACAGAAAAUUUAGCAACUACAACAGAAUCCAUUGACACAACUACACCGAUUAAUAUAGAAUGUCCACCUGGCGAUAUUGGCUUUGUGCCCCAUCCUGAUUAUUGUGACGCAUAUUACAUCUGUGUUAUGGGCAAUCCGACACUAAUUUGGUGUAGCGAGGGAUAUGAAUUCGAUCCAGAGAGAAACGCUUGCGUUGAAAUAUCAGAAAAUGGUUGUUUCGCCUCGCAAGGUAAAUGGACUCCAACAGUACCGGACCAGUCAACAACAGAAACGACAGUUACGACAGAUGACUAUGGUAGUACAACGGAAUCCGAUGAAACUACUCCUAGAGAAACGACGGCACUACCCGAAGAGACAACGACAGAAUAUAUUCGAACAACACCAUCAGAGACAACAACAACAGUUCAAGAAACUACUACCGAACAAGAAACUACAGCGCCUCCUGUUGAAACGACUACAACACGUGAAAUUACUGAACCCACAGUAGAAACUACAACUAAUCAAAUAACAACAGAAUCUGACUCUGACCCAACGACAAUUGCUAUAGAAACGACAACAAAUAAUUUGGCACCUACAACAGAGUCAGAUACGGAUAAAACAACAAUUGCUGUUGAUCCUACAACAGAAAAUUUAGCAACUACAACAGAAUCCAUUGACACAACUACACCGAUUAAUAUAGAAUGUCCACCUGGCGAUAUUGGCUUUGUGCCCCAUCCUGAUUAUUGUGACGCAUAUUACAUCUGUGUUAUGGGCAAUCCGACACUAAUUUGGUGUAGCGAGGGAUAUGAAUUCGAUCCAGAGAGAAACGCUUGCGUUGAAAUAUCAGAAAAUGGUUGUUUCGCCUCGCAAGGUAAAUGGACUCCAACAGUACCGGACCAGUCAACAACAGAAACGACAGUUACGACAGAUGACUAUGGUAGUACAACGGAAUCCGAUGAAACUACUCCUAGAGAAACGACGGCACUACCCGAAGAGACAACGACAGAAUAUAUUCGAACAACACCAUCAGAGACAACAACAACAGUUCAAGAAACUACUACCGAACAAGAAACUACAGCGCCUCCUGUUGAAACGACUACAACACGUGAAAUAACUGAACCCACAGUAGAAACUACAACUAAUCAAAUAACAACAGAAUCUGACUCUGACCCAACGACAAUUGCUAUAGAAACGACAACAAAUAAUUUGGCACCUACAACAGAGUCAGAUACGGAUAAAACAACAAUUGCUGUUGAUCCUACAACAGAAAAUUUUGCAACUACAACAGAAUCCAUUGACACAACUACACCGAUUAAUAUAGAAUGUCCACCUGGCGAUAUUGGCUUUGUGCCCCAUCCUGAUUAUUGUGACGCAUAUUACAUCUGUGUUAUGGGCAAUCCGACACUAAUUUGGUGUAGUGAGGGAUAUGAAUUCGAUCCAGAGAGAAACGCUUGCGUUGAAAUAUCAGAAAAUGGUUGUUUCGCCUCGCAAGGUAAAUGGACUCCAACAGUACCGGACCAGUCAACAACAGAAACGACAGUUACGACAGAUGACUAUGGUAGUACAACGGAAUCCGAUGAAACUACUCCUAGAGAAACGACGGCACUACCCGAAGAGACAACGACAGAAUAUAUUCGAACAACACCAUCAGAGACAACAACAACAGUUCAAGAAACUACUACCGAACAAGAAACUACAGCGCCUCCUGUUGAAACGACUACAACACGUGAAAUUACUGAACCCACAGUAGAAACUACAACUAAUCAAAUAACAACAGAAUCUGACUCUGACCCAACGACAAUUGCUAUAGAAACGACAACAAAUAAUUUGGCACCUACAACAGAGUCAGAUACGGAUAAAACAACAAUUGCUGUUGAUCCUACAACAGAAAAUUUUGCAACUACAACAGAAUCCAUUGACACAACUACACCGAUUAAUAUAGAAUGUCCACCUGGCGAUAUUGGCUUUGUGCCCCAUCCUGAUUAUUGUGACGCAUAUUACAUCUGUGUUAUGGGCAAUCCGACACUAAUUUGGUGUAGUGAGGGAUAUGAAUUCGAUCCAGAGAGAAACGCUUGCGUUGAAAUAUCAGAAAAUGGUUGUUUCGCCUCGCAAGGUAAAUGGACUCCAACAGUACCGGACCAGUCAACAACAGAAACGACAGUUACGACAGAUGACUAUGGUAGUACAACGGAAUCCGAUGAAACUACUCCUAGAGAAACGACGGCACUACCCGAAGAGACAACGACAGAAUAUAUUCGAACAACACCAUCAGAGACAACAACAACAGUUCAAGAAACUACUACCGAACAAGAAACUACAGCGCCUCCUGUUGAAACGACUACAACACGUGAAAUUACUGAACCCACAGUAGAAACUACAACUAAUCAAAUAACAACAGAAUCUGACUCUGACCCAACGACAAUUGCUAUAGAAACGACAACAAAUAAUUUGGCACCUACAACAGAGUCAGAUACGGAUAAAACAACAAUUGCUGUUGAUCCUACAACAGAAAAUUUUGCAACUACAACAGAAUCCAUUGACACAACUACACCGAUUAAUAUAGAAUGUCCACCUGGCGAUAUUGGCUUUGUGCCCCAUCCUGAUUAUUGUGACGCAUAUUACAUCUGUGUUAUGGGCAAUCCGACACUAAUUUGGUGUAGCGAGGGAUAUGAAUUCGAUCCAGAGAGAAACGCUUGCGUUGAAAUAUCAGAAAAUGGUUGUUUCGCCUCGCAAGGUAAAUGGACUCCAACAGUACCGGACCAGUCAACAACAGAAACGACAGUUACGACAGAUGACUAUGGUAGUACAACGGAAUCCGAUGAAACUACUCCUAGAGAAACGACGGCACUACCCGAAGAGACAACGACAGAAUAUAUUCGAACAACACCAUCAGAGACAACAACAACAGUUCAAGAAACUACUACCGAACAAGAAACUACAGCGCCUCCUGUUGAAACGACUACAACACGUGAAAUUACUGAACCCACAGUAGAAACUACAACUAAUCAAAUAACAACAGAAUCUGACUCUGACCCAACGACAAUUGCUAUAGAAACGACAACAAAUAAUUUGGCACCUACAACAGAGUCAGAUACGGAUAAAACAACAAUUGCUGUUGAUCCUACAACAGAAAAUUUAUCAACUACCACAGAAUCCAUUGACACAACUACACCGAUUAAUAUAGAAUGUCCACCUGGCGAUAUUGGCUUUGUGCCCCAUCCUGAUUAUUGUGACGCAUAUUACAUCUGUGUUAUGGGCAAUCCGACACUAAUUUGGUGUAGCGAGGGAUAUGAAUUCGAUCCAGAGAGAAACGGUUGCGUUGAAAUAUCAGAAAAUGGUUGUUUCGCCUCGCAAGGUAAAUGGACUCCAACAGUACCGGACCAGUCAACAACAGAAACGACACUUACGACAGAUAACUAUGGUAGUACAACUGCGUCCACUGAAAAUAUGACCGUAGACUCUAUUGAAACAACGACGGGAGUAACUGGAACUACUGUAGACUCUGCUGAAACAACGACUGGAGUCACUGGAACCAGUGUAGACCCUUCUGAAACAACUACGGGACUAACUGGAAAUACUGUAGACUCUGUUGAAACAACUACGGGAGUCACUGGUAGUACUGCAGAAUCUGCUGAAACAACAACUGAAAUCGCUGGAACUACUGUAGACUCUGUUGAAACAACGACGGGAGUCACUGGUACUACUGUAGACUCAGCUAAAACAACCACAGGAGUCACUGGAACCACUGUAGACUCUGUUGAAACAACGACGGGAGUAACUGGAACUAGUGUAGACUCUGCUGAAACAACGAUGGGAGUCACUGGCACGACUGUAGAUGCCGCUGAAACAACAACAGGAGUUACUGGAACCACUGUAGAGUCUGCUGAAACUACCACAGGAGUGACUGGAACCACUGUAGACUCUGUUGAAACAACGACGGGAGUAACUGGAACUACUGUAGACUCUGCUGAAACAACGACUGGAGUAACUGGAACUACUGUAGACUCUGCUGAAACAACGACUGGAGUCGCUGGAACCACUGUAGACUCUUCUGAAACAACUACGGGACUAACUGGAAAUACUGUAGACUCUGUCGAAACAACUACGGGAGUCACUGGUACUACUGCAGAAUCUGCUGAAACAACAACUGAAAUCACUGGAACCACUGUAGACUCUGUUGAAACAACGACUGAAAUCACUGGAACUACUGUAGACUCUUCUGAAACAACUACGGGAGUCACUGGUACUACUGUAGACUCUUCUGAAACAACCACAGGAGUGACUGGAACCACUGUAGACUCUGCUGAAACUACCACAGGAGUUACUGGAACCACUGUAGACUCUGCUGGAACAACAACGGGAGUCACUGGUACCACUGUUGUAACGGAAGUGACAACCCCACCCAAUAUUUGUCCUCCUGGAGUAUUUGGAAAUGUUCCACAUCCAGAACUUUGUGAUGUAUAUUAUAUGUGUAUGGCCGGAAUACCAACACUUUUACCUUGCACUGAAGGCUACGAAUUUGAUCCAGCAGAAGGGCAAUGCGUUGUUAUAUCAGAAAAUGGCUGUUUCGCAUCUAAGGGUAUGUGGACCCCUACAGAACAACAUCCGACAACAACAGAAUCGUCACAUAUAACAACAGACACUUCACAGACAACAACUGAAGACCCUAUAGAAACAACCACAGCAGGGACUGGAACCACUGUAGACUCUGCUGAAACAACGACGGGAGUCACUGGCACGACUGUAGAUUCCGCUGAAACAACCACAGGAAUUACUGGAACCACUAUAGACUCUGCUGAAACUACCACAGGUGUGACUGGAACCACUGUAGACUCUGCUGAAACAACCAAAGAAGUAACUGGAACUACUGUAGACUCUGCUGAAACAACGACUGGAGUUACUGGCACGACUGUAGAUUCCGCUGAAACAACCACAGGAGUGACUGGAACCACUGUAGACUCUGCUGGAACAACGACGGGAGUCACUGGUACUACUGUAGACUCUGCUGAAACAACCACAGGAGUGACUGGAACCACUGUAGACUCUGCUGGAACAACGACGGGAAUAACUGGAUCGACUGUAGAUUCCGCUGAAACAACCACAGGAGUGACUGGAACCACUGUAGACUCUUCUGAAACAACCACAGGAGUGACUGGAACCACUGUAGACUCUGCUGAAACAACGACGGGAGUAACUGGAACUACUGUAGAUUCUGCUGAAACAACGACUGGAGUCACUGGCACGACUGUAGAUUCCGCUGAAACAACCACAGGAGUGACUGGAACCACUGUAGACUCUUCUGAAACAACCACAGGAGUGACUGGAACCACUGUAGACUCUGCUGGAACAACGACGGGAAUAACUGGAUCGACUGUAGACUCUGUUGAAACAACGACGGGAGUCACUGGUACUGCUGUAGACUCUGCUGAAACAACGACUGGAGUCACUGGAACCACUGUAGACUCUGCUGAAACAACAACUGAAAUCACUGGAACCACUGUAGACUCUUCUGAAACAACUACGGGAGUAACUGGAACUAUUGUAGACUCAGUUGAAACAACCACAGGAGUGACUGGAACCACUGUAGACUCUGCUGGAACAACGACGGGAGUCACUUAUAGUAUUCCAGAUUCUGUCACCACUACAUUGGGAGUGACUGGUACCACUGGCGAUUCCAUUGAAACCACUACGGGAGAGUCAGGUACCACUGUUGUAACGGAAGUGACAACCCCACCCAAUAUUUGUCCUCCUGGAGUAUUUGGAAAUGUUCCACAUCCAGAACUUUGUGAUGUAUAUUAUAUGUGUAUGGCCGGAAUACCAACACUUUUACCUUGCACUGAAGGCUACGAAUUUGAUCCAGCAGAAGGGCAAUGCGUUGUUAUAUCAGAAAAUGGCUGUUUCGCAUCUAAGGGUAUGUGGACCCCUACAGAACAACAUCCGACAACAACAGAAUCGUCACAUAUAACAACAGACACUUCACAGACAACAACUGAUGACCCUAUAGAAACAACCACAGCAGACUCUGGAGACACUACAAUGGGAGUGACUGGUACUACUGAUGACUCUAUUGAAACAACCACGGGAGAAACUGGCACCACUGCAGACUCUAGUGAAUCAACCACAGGAGGGACUGGCACUACUGAUGUUUCUGUCGACACUACAACCGGAGCAACUGGUACCACUGAUGAAUCUAUUGAUACAACCACGGGAGUGUCUGGUUCUACUGUAGAUUCUACUGAAACAACAACUGGAGUCACUGGUACCACUGUUGUCACGGAAGUGACCAACCCACCCAAUAUUUGUCCUCCUGGAGUGAUUGGAAAUGUUCCACAUCCAGAACUUUGUGAUGUAUAUUAUAUGUGUAUGGCAGGAAUACCAACACUCUUACCUUGCACCGAAGGCUACGAAUUUGAUCCAGCAGUAGGGCAAUGCGUUGUUAUAUCAGAAAAUGGCUGUUUCGCAUCUAAGGGUAUGUGGACCCCUACAGAACAACAUCCGACAACAACAGAAUCGUCACAUAUAACAACAGACAUUUCCCGGACAACAACUGAUGACCCUAUAGAAACAACCACAGGAGGAUCUGGUAGUACAGCAGACUCUGGUGACACUACAGUGGAAAUAACUGGCACCACUGAUGACUCUAUCGAAACUACCACAGGACGGACUGGUUCCACUGUGGACACUGUUCAAACAACUACCGGAGUGACUGGAACCACUGUAGACUCUAGUGAAACUACCAAAGCAGGGACUGCAACAACUGCUGACUCUUUUGAUACAACCACAGGAGGGACGGGCACCUCAUCAGAUUCUGUUGAAUUUACCACAGGAGGGACUGGCACUACUCCAGGUAUUACCGACACUACAUUGGGAGAGACUGGUACCACUGAUGAUUAUAUUGAAACCACUACGGGAGAGUCAAGUACCACUGUUGUAACGGAAGUGACAACUCCACCCAAUAUUUGUCCUCCUGGAGUAUUUGGAAAUGUUCCACAUCCAGAACUUUGUGAUGUAUAUUAUAUGUGUAUGGCCGGAAUACCCACACUUUUACCUUGCACUGAAGGCUACGAAUUUGAUCCAGCAGAAGGGCAAUGCGUUGUUAUAUCAGAAAAUGGCUGUUUCGCAUCUAAGGGUAUGUGGACCCCUACAGAACAACAUCCGACAACAACAGAAUCAUCACAUAUAACAACAGACAUAUCACAGACAGUAACUGAAGACUUUAUUGACACAACAACAGGAGGAUCUGGUAGUACGGCAGACUCCGAUGGCACUACGAUGGGAUUAACUGGUACUACUGAUGACUCUAUCGAAACAACCACGGGAGAGACUGGCACCACUGCAGACUCUGGUGAAUCAACCACAGGCAUGACUAGCACCACUGCAGACUCUGUUGAAUCAACCACAGGAGGGACUGGCACUCCUGGUGUUUCUGUUGACACUACAUUGGGAGUGACUGGUACAACUGAUGAUUCCAUUGAAACCACCACGGGAGAGUCAGGUACCACUGUUGUAACGGAAGUGACAACCCCACCCAAUAUUUGUCCUCCUGGAGUAUUUGGAAAUGUUCCACAUCCAGAACUUUGUGAUGUAUAUUAUAUGUGUAUGGCCGGAAUACCCACACUUUUACCUUGCACCGAAGGCUACGAAUUUGAUCCAGCAGUUGGGCAAUGUGUUGUGAUAUCUGGAGAUGGAUGUUUCGCUUCGAAGGGCAAGUGGACACCAACAGAAUCAAAUGAUCACACCGAUAUUUCUGUUCAAUCCACAAUAAAUGAAGACACUACAUCAGGUGAAGUAGAUGCAGACCACACACCAGAAGAAAAAGAUAUUACUGAUACUACUACGAUUAACAAUAAGCCUGGCGACCAAGAAUCAACGUCUGUUUUAAUACCAACAACAGGAGAAAAUGGUCAAAUAACAACAGAGCUUAUAGAAACUACAACGAUAAAUGUAUGCCCCCCUAAUUUCUCUGGUAUUAUGCCUGACCCAGAAAGAUGCGACAGGUUCUUCCAUUGCACCGUUGGUCAUCCCAUUGCACUCUAUUGUGGCGCUGGAUUUGAAUUCGAUAUAAAUGCUCAGCGUUGUAUGCCUAUAACAGAAGAUGGUUGCUAUGCAUCGAAAGGCUUAUGGACUCCCACUGAAUCACAAACAACAGAACAAGAGACAGAACAACCAGAAGUUACAACAAAUGCAGAUUUGUCAACUACAAUAUCUGAUAUAGUUAUCGGAGACAAUGAUAGAGCUACUUCAGAAUCUGCAGAAAUAACAACAUUAGAUGCAGAACGUUUAGAGACGACUUCUUCUCCGAUCGAAGUAACAACAGCUAGUAUUUGUCCACCUAAUCUCUUCGGUAACGUACCUGACCCUGUCAGAUGCGACAAGUUCUACAUGUGUACCGGUGGUACGGCCAUUCCAUUAUAUUGUGGAAAAGGCUUCGAAUUCGACUCAAAUGUUCAGAAAUGCGUUAUAAUAUCUGAAAACGGAUGCUUCGCGUCAAGAGGUAUACCAUCAGAAGAUCACACCGAGAACUUGGUGGUUACGACAGAACACAAAAUUAAUGAAAACUUUCAAACAACAGUAAAUGUUGAAACUACAUCAGAAGACACAAUAACAACACCAGCUAUUUGUCCCCCGGGGGUGUUUGGAAACGUCCCGGAUCCGGAGGACUGUAACAAGUUCUAUAUAUGUACCUCUGGUAUAUCAAUACCCUUGUAUUGCAGUGAAGGGUUUGAAUUCGAUCCUGUGGCAAAGAAUUGCGUCAUUAUAUCAGACCAUGGCUGCACCGCAUCGAAAUCUUAAAAGACUGGAUUUGAAAACGGACAAUUGAUAUACGGCCUUAAAAUAAAUACAAAUUAAAAAAAAAUCAAGAAAUGUCAUUUCACAAUGAUAAUGGUAUUUCUGCAAUGGUAAAAAAACAUGUUACGAAAU